ACUUUUAAGACUUUGAAAGAUUUACUGACGUUUCUUAGAUAUCUUUCUAUUAUAAUAACUUCUUUCCUAUUUGGACUUAAUUGAAAGCGGUAUUUUGUAAGCAAUAUGAUGAAUGUGAAAUUUGUAUUCCUGGUAAACUGCUAGAAAUUUAUAUAUGUGGUGCUAUGACAGUAAUCAAAGCAAGAAUUAAGUAUAUAGAAAAUUAUUAUUGAAUAUCUUCUACAAUGACAAAGUUGUUUAAAUAUAUUUGUAUCUUAUUUUGGAUUAUAAUAUCUAUCAGCUGUGGUCUUUUUCUUUUUAUAAAUGGCUUUUUUCUUAAAAAAAAUGCUUUGUUUAAUCGUAGUAAUUGUUCUUUGUAUCCUAGGAUUGAUAUAUUCAAUUUUUCAAAUCCUGAUUCUAUAAUUUUUGAAUGUCUGAAACCUCGAGCACGUCUUGUGCUAUUAGUGAUUGAUGCUUUAAAAUUUGAAUUUGUUGAGUUAUAUGAAGAUACAAAAUCAAAAGAAUCGUUUUACAGAAAUAAACUCCCAGUUAUUAAUGAAAUAUUAAAAAGAAAUCAGAAUAACUCUAAAUUGUUAAAAUUUAUAGCUGAUCCUCCCACAACUACAAUGCAAAGAUUAAAAAGCAUAACUACAGGAACAUUGCCCACGUUUAUAGAUAUACAUGAAAAUUUUGGAGCUGAUAAUAUUUUAGAAGAUAAUUUCAUUGACUUAAACAUAGAUAAUGGAAAUAUUUUUAUGGGAGAUGAUACUUGGACAAGUUUAUAUCCAAAACAAUUUAAACGAGAAUAUGCUGCUCCUUCAUUUGAUGUUUCUGAUCUUGAUACUGUAGAUACAAAAGUUAAAAAAAAAAUUUUCACUGAGAUAAACAAAAAUGAUUGGUCGCUCUUAAUAGCUCAUAUGUUAGGUGUUGAUCAUUGUGGUCAUAAACAUGGAAAAAAUCAUCCAGAAAUGUUGCGAAAAUUAAAUGAAACUAAUUAUUUUAUUAAUGAUCUUGUUAAAAAAAUUAAUCAAGAUGCAAAAGACACAAUACUCUUUGUAAUCGGAGAUCAUGGAAUGACAGAUAGUGGUGAUCAUGGUGGUGAUAGCAAUGAUGAAAUUGAAACAGUAUUGUUUAUUUAUUCAACUCUGCCAUUAAUAGAUACAAACAUCAAUUUGAAUGUAGAAAAAAAGGACGUAGCCAACCAAAUCGAUAUUGUUCCAACCAUAUCCGUAAUUUUAGGAAUUCCUAUACCAUUUUCAAAUAUUGGAAAUAUCAUUCUUGAAGCAAUACCAAGUAUAACAAAUAAUUCUUAUUCUAAAAUAGCUGAUUUCAACUUUUUAUUGCAUUCUUUAUGGAAAAACAUCUAUCAAAUACAAUAUUAUAUAGAUACCUAUUCAUUCAAAAACAAUGUUUUUGACAAAAAUCAACUACAGGAUCUUCAAAAUAUGUAUAAUAAAAUCUUGAUCAAUGUAAAAAUGACCAAGAAUGAAAGUGAUUUGAAAAAUUUUAUAGGCAUGGCUAAUGAAUAUUUCACAGUUGUGCGAAAAAUUUGUUAUGAAGUAUGGGUACAGUUUGAUUCAAAUCUGAUGACAGAAGGACUAAUUCUUUUUUGUUCUACUGAAAUUUUUCUUUUUGUUAUAUUAAAUGGUCUGGUAGGAAACAGAAUGUAUAAUAUAUUGGAAUCACCUUUUUUAAUGUGUGUAAGUACAGUGGUAUUUUUAAGUAUAGUAUUCCUUGUAUUAUUACAUUGGUUGCAAGUGAUAAAUAACUUUGAAAAUAAUUUCUGGUUUUACUGUGGCUUGCUACAACUCAUUUGUUUUAUAAUUUUGAUAAUUAAUAAUUGGAAAUCUAUUUCUAAGACAUGGUAUGAAAAAUCUCGUGGUAAAAAGUACAUAACUAAUAUUCUUUCAAGGCUGAUUUUACUCAUAGUAGUUUUUGGAGUAUUUUCAAAUAGUUAUAUAAUUGAAGAAGACAAAAUAUUAUCUUAUUUUUUAAUAUCUCAAGUUUGUUAUUUUAUAUAUUCAGUCUUCAAAAACCAAAAUAUUUUUGAAAAUUUAGAUAGGAAAAGAAAAAAUGUAAGAAAGCCAAAUAAGAGAAUUAUGUACAUUCUUAUAUCAUUAAUGCUACUUAUUGUAAUCUGUUUAAUAAUUAGAAGUUCAAAUUAUUUUUGGAGAUACAGAGAAGAACAGAGAUCAACAACUGAUCAAUAUAUACAAUCUAGUACAAGUUUUGUGAUAGGAAAAGUUGGAUCAAUUACUUCCAGAAAUGCAGAAGUAAUUUUUGUUUGUACAGCAAUUAUAUCACUUACAUCUUAUAUUGCAAUAACGAAAAUUUGGCUUCGAAAUCGUGGAAAUUUAUCAGGGUACUCUGCAAAUGAAAUUAUAGCUAGAUUCAUUCUAGCACUAAUCGUAGUUCUGUGUUCUGCUUACUGGAUUUUGAAAGUACAACAAAGUGGAAAAGUACUAAGUUUUCAUUUACAGCAGGUCAAUUUUUUACCUCUGAUUAUCUAUGUAUUCUUUAUCAUUGCUAUAUUAUGCCUAUGUUAUCAGCCUCUUGCCAUUCAUUUGCAUCAAGAUAUGAAUAAUACCAUAAGAAUUUAUCAAGAAGAAUCUUCAAUACCAAAGAUGUACAAGAAAAUGAAAAAUAUUCUCUAUUGUAAAAAAAAUAAAAAUCAGAAUUCAAUUCCUAUAGUUUUUGGACUCGGAACUGUUUACAGUGCAUGUUACAUCUUACUAAUUGUACUUUUAAGUCUUAUGUAUGCAUUGUUACUAGGAUUUGUCAUCGCUCCUAGUGUAGUUUUAAUGAAUUUAGUUUCUUUGGGAAUAUUGUACAUCACGGCUGUAGAUCGAAUUUAUAAUGCAUCUAAUUUAGAACAACUUUUGCAUGUUCCUAGUUCAAUUAUUUUAUGCUGGUUUCUCAUCGCAGAGUAUUUUUUUUAUGCCACUGGACAUCAAUCAAGUUUUUCAACUAUUCACUGGGAAGCUGGAUUUGUAGGUAUUGAUGGUGCCCUGUCACUGACUUAUUAUCAGAAAUUUGUUUACAAUACAGGAUUUAAUACAUUUGGAUCACAUUUCAUAUUAGCAGUUGCUAUUCCACUCUUAGUUAUAGCACCAUUUACUUUGCGACAUGUCUGUCCCAGUUUUGCCAAAGAAGCUGAAAUACAAGAUCUUGAUAAACAAGGUGAACUCAUUCUAUAUCAGAAUGAUACUCUGUUUCAUUCCGCGAUUUUCUCAGUGGCUGGAAAAUACAUUUUAUUUCAUGCUGCAAGGGUACUAGUUUGUAUGUUUGCCACCACUAUCCAUUGUCGGCAUCUUAUGGUAUGGAGAAUCUUUGCUCCUAAACUUAUCUUUGAAAGCCUGAGUUUUAUUUUUACUGCUGUUGGUACUUUAAUGUCACUAUCGUUGCUUUUACGAAUUGAAAAUUGCAUUAAAAAAUUCAUCGUUUUAAUUACUUGAAUGGAAAAUUUAUGUAAAGCACACUUUUUAUUUGGAAUUUUUUAUACAGCAUACCUGUUUAAUUGAAAUUAUUGACAAGUAAACAAAUAUUUACUGUUUUCAAAGUGUUUGUUAUAAGUACCUAAGAAAUGCUGAUCUUUUACUUUAGCGCUUAGAUCUUACCAAUGCAUUUAAUGACUAUUGAAGAUUUGCAACAGGUUGAAGUAAUGAUGAGUUGAAUUGAAAAUAUGUAAAUAAUUAUAGCGGAGUACACAAACAGAUAUAUAUAUAUACAUAUAUAUAUUUCUUAUAUGCAUGUAAUAUAUUUUUACCAAUAUGUACGAUAUAUUACCCGCAGCGGUCCGCGUCGUGUCCGUUGGCUGCUACUGGUUCAUGUUUUCACCACUCCCAUUGCAGCCUGCAUAUAGUUAAUGCUAAAUUAAAUACAAAUAUACCAAUCAAAAGAUUUUAAUUUGCCCAAUUCACAUGUGUUAUUAGUUUUAUUUGCCCAUCCUUAGCUUCUUUAUAAAAAUUUACAAAGAGAAUUAUUUUUCAAAUUAUUUCAAACGUUUCAUUGUUACUAGGAUUUGUCAUUGCUCCUAGCGUAGUUUUGAUGAAUUUAGUUUACUUGGGAAUAUUGUACAUCACGGCUGUGGAUCUAAUUUAUAAUGCUUCUAAUUUAAAUGAGAAUUAUGAAGUUUAUCAUAUGAUUAUUUUUUAUAUUAUCACUGUUGAGGUUUAUCCUCGUAUUCCCUGUUGAAAAAAUUCAAUCGGAUAUCCAACUAAAAUUUUCAGCUGGAUUUCUAGCUGGAAUUCGCUGAAUUUGUAUCUGAAUGUGACAGAAUUUACAGUUAGAUUUUCAAUUGAAUUUAGGUGUAUUUUUUAGGUUGAUUUAUAGGUUAUAUUUAUAUUUAUAGGUUUUAUUUUAUAGGUUUUUUUUUUUAUUUAUAGGUUUAUAGGUAAUGUCACUGAACAUCGACCUGGAUCAGGGUUGGGCGAUUCUGUCAACUGUUGGAAGCUUUUUGA